AUGAGCUGCAGACAGUUCAUGUCCUCCCCGUGGGGCUGCAACAGCUCUAGGGGCAGCAUGAUGUCCUCAUUCAGCCGCAUGAGCUGCUCAGGGGCUGGUGGAGGAGGGGGCCAAUUCAGCUCUUCCAGUAGCUACGGAGCCGGGAGCUCUGGGGCCUGUGGGAGGGGAGGUGGUGGCAGUUUCGGCUCCAGCUACGGUGGAGGAUCUGGGGGUGGUUUUAGUGCUGGUAGCUUUGGUGGACGUUCUAGGGGUUUCAGUGGUGGUUCUGGAGGAUGCUUUGGGGAUGGAUCUGGAGGAGGCUUUGGGGGCUCUGGGGGCUUUGGUGGUAGUUCUGGAGGAGGCUUUGGGGGUGGUUCUGGAGGAGGCUUUGGUGGUGGUUUUGGAGGAGGCUUUGGGGGGUCUGGGGGCUUUGGCAGUGGCUUUGACAGUGGUGCUGGUGGUAUUCUGGGUGCUGAUGAGAAGACCACCAUGCAGGACCUCAAUUUCCGGCUGGCCUCCUACUUGGAUAAAGUGCAAGCACUGGAGAAUGCCAACAAGGAACUGGAGAAUAAGAUCCGAGAAUGGUAUGACAAGCAGGGACCCAGGGCCUUCCAUAGGGAUUACUCCUCCUACUAUGACACUAUCGAAGACCUCAAGAACCAGAUUGUGAACAUCACAGUGAACAGCAAUAAGACUCUCCUGGAUCUUGACAACAACACUUGCAUGACGUUGGAUGACUUCAGGAUGAAGUAUGAGAUGGAGAACAGCUUGCGACAAGAAGUGGAUGCUGACAUUAAUGGCUUGCGGAAGGUGCUAGAUGAUCUGACCAUGCACAAGUCUGACCUGGAGAUGCAGUAUGAGUCUCUGCAGGAGGAACUGGUUGCCCUCAAGAAGAAUCAUCAGGAGGAGAUGAACCAGCUGACUGGGCAGAACUCUGGAGAUGUCAGUGUGGAGAUAAAUGCUGCUCCUGGCAAAGAUCUCACCAAGAUCCUCAAUGACAUGCGCGAGGAGUAUGAGCAGAUCAGUGCUAAGAACCGUAGGGACAUUGAGGAGCAAUAUGAGACUCAGAUGAGCCAGAUGGAGCAGGAGGUGAUGAAUAGUGGCCGGGAGAUGGAGUCUAACCACAAGGAGGUGACCCAGCUCCGGCACAGCAUCCAGGAGAUGGAGAUUGAGCUGCAGUCUCAGCUCAGCAGGAAAUCAGCCCUGGAGAAGUCCUUGGAGGACACCAAGAACCGCUACUGUGGCCAGCUGCAGCAGUUGCAGGAGCAGAUCAGUAACCUCGAGGGCGAGAUCACUGAGAUCCGGGAAGAGAUUGAAUGCCAGAAUCAGGAAUACAGCCUUCUGCUCAACACCAAGACACGGCUGGAGCAGGAAAUUAAGACCUAUCAUAGCCUCCUUGAGGGUGGCCAGGAGGACCUGUGGAGUGGAGGCAGUCACGGAAGAGGAUCCUGGGGAGGAAGUGGAGGCAGCUAUGGUGGAGGAAGUAGUUCUGGAGGAAGAACUGGAGGCAGCCACGGAGGAGGAAGUGGUGGCAGUUAUGGUGGAGGAAGUAGUUCUGGAGGAAGAAGUGGAGGCAGCCAUGGAGGAGGAAGUGGAGGCAGCUAUGGUGGAGGAAGUAGUUCUGGAGGAGGAAGUGGAGGCAGCUAUGGAGGAGGAAGUAGUUCUGGAGGAGGAAGUGGUGGUGGCUAUGAAGAAGGAAGUGGGUCCAAAGGAGGAAGUGGAAGACCAUCUCAGUCCCAGUCCUCUUCCUCCAAAUCUGGUGAAUGUGAUGAUAAACAAGGCUACCAGAAUCGAUACUAG